GAGUCAUAUCAGGAGAAAGCUUGGAGAAAAUUUAAGGAGCAACCACUAGUCCCUAUCGGUACCCUUUUGACAUGUGGUGCACUGAUCAUGGCUACCGUCAAAAUGAAACGAGGCGACCCCCAAUCUCUGAAUAACUGGUUGCGUGUUCGUGUCAUUGCUCAAGGUGCAACUAUCGCAGCUGUCUGUGCAGGAACCUACACACUGGGUUCAACUGCUGGCGAUGAAACAAAGCAGACGAGACAACUCGACGAGAUACAGGCACAUAGGGAAGCUCGUGCUGGCAGGGAUCGAAAGGAAUUCGAGGACAGGCUGAAAGCUGCG